UGGCAGCAUCAGUGGUUCAAUGUGCACUCGAAUGGCCAGACAGUCGCAAAAGCGAGAGUUGACUGUCCGGGGCGGCUGACGGACUGUCCGUGAGAAAUUUCAUGCACUGUGGUGAAUGAGCAGACGGCAGACAGCAUGAGUAACUCGUACUCCAUGAAAGCUGUCGAGCAGAAAAAUGGAUCUGGUGAGUCUUUCAGGUUUGUAUCUGAGAAAGGAACGACGGUUCAUAGCCCUCGUCUCUCCAGUCAAAACCAAACGUCCUGCAGCCUCAGCGUGAGCAGAAUUUCCUACACAGUCAGUGAACGGGUCGGGCCCUGGUGGAACCUGAAGUCUUACGGCAAGAAAUGGACUCGGCAGAUUCUCAACGAGGUGUCGUUUCAUGUGGACAGUGGUCAGAUAAUGGGCAUCCUGGGAAACUCAGGCUCUGGGAAGACGACUCUGCUGGAUGCUGUUGCUGGACGCAUUGGCAGAACUGGCAUUCUCAGUGGGGAAGUGUUUGUGAACGGAAUAAAAGUCAAACAAGAGCAGUUUCAAGACACUUUCUCCUAUGUGCUUCAGAAUGACAAUCUGCUGAGCUAUCUGACAGUAGAGGAAACUCUGACAUUCACGGCUCAGCUGGCCCUCAGACAUCGCUCCGCUUUAGCCAUCCGCAAGAAGGUGGCUGCAGUCAUGGCAGAACUGAGUCUAACCCACGUGGCUCAUAGUGUGAUCGGGGGCCGAAUCUUUCCUGGUAUCUCUGGAGGGGAGAGGAGGAGGGUGUCUAUUGCUAGCCAGCUGCUCCAGGACCCUAAGGUGAUUCUCCUGGACGAGCCAACCACGGGCCUGGACAGCAUGACUGCCAACCAGAUCGUAGUGUUGUUGGCAGAGCUGGCCAGGAGGGGCCGUAUCGUCAUUGUGACCAUCCAUCAGCCACGUUCAGAACUUUUCAGAAUUUUCAGCAGGAUAGCCAUCAUGAGCUGUGGAGAGCUAGUAUUCUGUGGGCAGCCUGAGGAGAUGGUGGACUUCUUCAGUAGAUGUGGAUACGAGUGUCCAGAGUACUGCAACCCCUUUGAUAUCUAUGUGGACCUGACCUCUGUGGACACGCGCUCCAGCGAGAGAGAGGCUGACACCUACAGACGAAUGCACGACAUCACCUCAGCAUUUCAGAGCUCGGAGAUCUACCAAGAAAUGAUGUGGAAGAUUCGAGAGAGCUGCCAACGUCCCGAUAAACCCAUGAUCCCCUUCAAGAGCACAGAGUCUCCUAACUGCCUGUCUAAACUGGGAGUCCUGCUCAGGAGGACAGUUAGGAACCUGUCCCGGGACAGGAUGGGUGUUCUCAUGCGCCUCUCGCAGAAUCUCAUCUACGGUCUCUUUGUGGCCUUCUUUGUUAUGAAGCUUGAUAAUGACGUCACUAAGGGUGCAGUGCAGGACCGCAUUGGUAUCAUUUACCAGUCCAUGGGUGCUUCACCGUACACAGGCAUGCUGAAUGCUGUGGCUCUGUUCCCUGCUCUGCGAGCGAUAGCUGAUGUGGAGAGUAAAGAUGGCUUGUACCAAAAGUGGCAGAUGUUUUUGGCCUACAUCAUUCACAUUUUGCCAUUCAGUAUUAUCAGUGUAUUCAUCUUCAGCUCUUUUCUCUACUGGACAGUGGGUAUGAACCCAGAAGUGUGGCGGUUCCUGUGCUUUACGGCUGUGAUCAUGGUGCCCCACAUUACUGGUGAGCUCCUAACAUUGGUACUGCUGGGGGUGGUUCAAGACCCCAACAUGGUGAACAGUGGAGUGGCUCUACUCAACAUAGCUGGGAUCAUGGUGGGCUCUGGUUUUCUCAGGAGUACUCAGCAGAUGCCAGUCGUGUUCCAGUGGCUAAGUUACAUCACCUUUCAGAAGUACGGCUGUGAGCUCCUCAUCGUCACUGAGUUCCAUGGCAAGAACUUCACCUGCAGUCCAGCUUCCAGCUUUCCAGGCGCGUGUUUGAUAAAAAAUGGUGAUCUUAUAAUAGAGCAGGGUUACCCAGGAGCCCCUUCACGCUACACCUUGGACUUCCUCCUGCUCUAUGCCUUCCUGCCUGCACUUGUAAUACUGGGGAUUAUCAGCUACAAGAUACGAGACCACCUCAGCAGACGCUAAGCAUGUGUGUGUAUAUUUGUGUAUGUGGAUGUGUGUGUGUGUGUGUGUGUUUAAGAUUGUGUUUGAAUAUUCGAAAGAAAUUGUUGUGUUUUGUUUGUAUAUACUGUGUCUUUUUUCAGAGAGCAAUGCUCAGUAAAGGUUUUUGUCCAGCAGUUCAUCCGGAAUUGUCUUCGAGAAUGUUCAUCCACUGUUCUUUGUGAAGUUUAAUAAAUCAUUGCAAACUGAUUGUUUAAUUGUUGAUGAAAUGUCAAAGAAUUGUGCGUGACUGUAAGUAUAUUUUGCAUAAUGAAUGUUUAUGUAAUAAAAAUGAGGGUUCUUUUUCUGUUA